GUUCCAAGGUUGUGUCUGGUAUAUUCAUUGCGAAUAGCAGAGAUGGGCAAGAUCUUCAUAAAAGAGGAAGUUCAAGGAUACCCAGGUAUAUACGGUUAUGUCUCGCGUGACAAAGUCGAUAAUGGAAUCAUCAAGUUCCCGCCUUCGCUAUCUACCGCAUGGAUGUUAGUCAUUCUUAUCUAAAUGUAGUAUUCGUAGGGCAUGAUAUCAUACGAUGGUCAGGCUCCGCUUAAUACGUACAUGUAGUCUAAGACCAGCCUUAAAGAAGCUUAAAUCUCAAGAAUUUGUAUAAUCAUAUCGAUAUCCUCUUCAGGUAUUGCACUUAAAUAUUCACGCCAUCGAUUUCUUAUUACCUUCAUGUAAGAGUAAAUCCUAUCUUUGGAUGCAAGAAAGCAGGAAGCAAGAACAGACAUGCCGUUCCCCACUUCCACCUGCCUCCCCUCCGGAUUGAUUCCUCGGACAAUCUCAAAAGCGCUGCGGUCCUACUAUAACCCCACUAGUACAUGUACCUUUUCCACCUAUUCUAGUACUAGAUGUACAUCCUUUUCUACUGCCCGUGCCGCUGUCCCGCUCUGCUAUAAUAAAAUCUCACCCCGCCAAAAUAAGAAUAAGAAUUAUCAAGGACCCCUCCUAAAAACAACAUCGUCGAACCUUUUAUCACCUUCUAACUCCGCUAAACGACGGCAUUUCUCAUCUACAAUGGCUGCUAACAAGGAAUACGCACUCUUGUGUUUGGAGAACCCCCUUCUCGACAUCCAAGCCAAAGGCGACGAGGCCCUACUAAAGAAGUACAACCUCAAAGACAACGAUGCCAUCCUAGCCUCCCCCGAGCACUUACCGCUCUACGAGGAGCUACUUAACAACUACGACGCCAAGUUAAUUGCCGGUGGUGCCGCACAAAACACCGCUCGUGGUGCCUCGUAUAUCCUACCACCCAACAGCGUCGUCUACCUCGGAGGUGUCGGAAACGAUAAGUACGCCGAUAUCCUACGUGACGCCGUCAAGCAGGUCGGCCUACGAGUGGAAUACCGUGUCGACCCCACGCACCCUACCGGACGAUGUGGUGCUAUCAUCACUGGCCACAACCGAAGUUUGUGCACUGAUCUUGCUGCCGCGAACCACUACGAUCUCGACCACUUGAAGAGCCCUAAGAUCUGGGAGCUAGUUAAGAACGCUGAGUUCUACUACGUCGGUGGUUUCCACUUCACCGUCUGCCCCCCAGCCAUCCAAGCCCUUGGCGAGGAAGCCGCCGCUAACAACAAGACCUUUAUCGUCAACCUAAGCGCCCCCUUCAUCGCCGAGUUCUUCAAGGACCCCCUCGACGCCUCUUCCAAGUACUGGGACUACAUAAUCUGCAACGAAUCCGAGGCCGCCGCCUAUGCACGUUCGCACUCGCUCUCCGUCGCCGAGACCGACAUUCCUGGAAUCGCAAAGGCCAUCUCCAACCUACCCAAGGAAAACACCAAGAAGCCCCGCAUCGUCGUCAUCACCCAAGGUACUCUCCCCACCGUCGUUGCUAUCCAGGGCCAGGACACCGUUAAGGAGUACUCCGUUCACGCCAUCGACCCUUCCAAGAUCACCGACACAAACGGUGCUGGUGAUGCUUUCGCUGGUGGUUUCGUCGCUGGUCUCGUCCAAGGCAAGACUCUUGAAGCGAGCGUUGAUAUCGGCCAGUGGCUGGCUCGAUUGAGUAUCCAAGAAUUGGGCCCUUCAUACCCCUUCCCCAAGCAAACCUACAAAUCCUCGUAGAAAAUUAAAACUACCUACCUAGCCAUCCACCAACAGGCUUUGACGUUACUCAACUUCACGCAAAGGUCGGCGUUCUGAAUCAUCAUCAUCAUCAUUCUUCUUUUUUUCUAGAGAAAGGCAAAGGCAUGGGGGGUUAAAGCGGGAAACUCAUCAUCUUCAUCGUCAUAUACAUCAUUUUUUACAGUGGGCGAACUGAAUGUCAAAAGCUAAAAAGG